AUGAACAUUCUGCCUUCUCAACAUAGCACGUUGGGGCCCGUAGGGCCUCCCGUUGGAUUGCAAUCACAACCUACACCACAGCAGCAACAACAACAACCUCAGGGUUCGCCAGCAACACUAGCGGCCACGGUCGCAGCUGCAGCGGCUGCCACUCCUGGACAACCUAUAGUGCAGGUACAAGUACAACCACAGAUUCCAGCGGAUCCUGUAACACAGUCAAUGGCCGAAACAUGGCUGUCGAUCGCAUCUUUGGCCGAAACAUUGGGUGAUGCAGAUCGGGCAGCCAUGGCGUACGAUGCAACGCUACAGUACAAUCCCUCGUCUACAAAGGCACUCACAUCUCUGGCACAUUUGUACAGAUCGCGUGAUAUGUUCCAGCGGGCCGCAGAGCUGUACCAACGCGCCCUGUCAGUAAACCCAGAGCUAGGCGACAUUUGGGCAACAUUGGGUCACUGUUAUUUGAUGCUAGACGAUUUGCAGCGUGCAUAUGCUGCUUACCAACAAGCGCUGUAUCAUUUGAGUAAUCCCAACGUGCCAAAACUAUGGCACGGUAUCGGGAUUCUGUACGACCGGUACGGGUCUCUGGACUAUGCAGAAGAGGCCUUUGCCAAAGUAUUGGAGCUCGAUCCGCAAUUCGAAAAAGCAAACGAAAUUUAUUUCCGAUUGGGCAUCAUCUACAAACACCAAGGCAAGUGGAAUCAAGCUCUUGAAUGUUUUAGAUACAUUCUUACACAACCACCUGCCCCACUGCAAGAGUGGGAUGUGUGGUUCCAACUGGGGAGCGUUUUGGAGAGCAUGAGUGAGUGGCAAGGCGCCCGAGAGGCAUAUGAGCACGUACUUUUGCAAAACGAACGACAUGCGAAGGUACUACAGCAAUUGGGGUGUCUGUAUGGAAUGCAAAAUGUCCAGUUUUACGAUACUCAGACUGCUCUCAAUCUUUUGCUUAAAUCUUUGGAAACCGACUCAACGGACGCUACCACUUGGUACCAUUUGGGCCGUAUACAUAUGGUCAGAAAUGACUACACGGCCGCAUAUGAUGCGUUCCAACAUGCUGUGAACCGGGAUUCCAGAAAUCCAAUUUUCUGGUGUUCGAUUGGUGUACUAUAUUAUCAAAUCUCUCAGUAUCGAGACGCUCUCGAUGCUUACACAAGAGCUAUCAGAUUGAACCCAUAUAUCAGUGAAGUUUGGUACGAUUUGGGGACGCUGUAUGAGACCUGUAAUAAUCAGCUCACGGAUGCUUUGGAUGCGUAUAAGCAGGCUGCUAGGCUCGAUACAAAUAACGUGCAUAUUCGAGAAAGACUAGAGGCGCUGACCGAACAAUUGGCCAAUCAAUCUAAUGGCGGUAAUGCUUUGCCUCCCCAACCUAAGCCACAAACUGUUGCGAAUCCUCCACCCGUGAUGUUGCAACCAACCUUGCAAUCUACCGACGAUGGCAAUCCUCUGAAUAAAUCUUCAGUCUAUGUUCAGCCUCAGGUAGCAGGGCAAAUGCAAGCUGCAUUACCAGCCCAUUUGCAAACUCAUGUGCAAGCACAUGCACCUCCUCAACAGUUAGCUCCUCAGCAGCAGCCCACCCAGCCUCAGCCUUUGCCGCAGCCCCAGCUUCACCCACAACCGCCGCAAUUAGCCGUGCAAUCGCAUCCACAAGCCCAUUUGCAACAUCAGUACCAACAAGUUCCCCAACCGCCAGGUAUGUCCUCUGUCGGUAGCACGUUGAGCCCAUUUCGUGAUGUUAAAGGCUCUUCCAACUCUCAUUCAUUACCUCAGAUUAUGAAUCCGGCCGUUCAUACAGUUGCUGCGGCUCCUAAUCUGCCUCAAAAAAGGCCUAUGGAGGCAGGGAUGGACACACUUGUGAAUGCGGCCGUUUCGAACGCGGCGACGCCCUCUGCGGCUACACCAACCACCACCAGAAGUCGUAAAACCUCCAAUGCUUCAGAGAGCUCACAACCGAAAAAACAUAAGCGCAAUGCAUCAACUUCUAAGCAGCAACGCAAUCAAUCACCGCAAACAUCUACAAAACCUAAAACGGUGUCCGUUGCCUCUGUUUUAGAGCAAGACUCUACACCGACACCUACACAGGCUUCCUUACAAACUACGGCACCUAAUCAAGCCGCUGCACAAACACCAGCACAAACACCAGUGCCAAACCCCGCCUCCGCUGUUGCUGCCAACGAGCAGGCCGCCCCAAAGCAAGAACAGCCUAUUGCGCCUUCACCCACAAACGCCUCACCACCCCAGUCAGUGGAAGUUCCAGCGCAGCCAGCGUCUUCUUCAAAACCAGAGGGUGAUGCACCACCGGCUGCUGAACCUCCGGUGCAGGAAAACUCUCAAACUCAAAUCCCUGAUAGAGCUACUGAGUCCGAGCAAGCACAGCCUGCUGCGUUGCAAGCAGAGGCCAACCCUGCUCCUUCGCAAGAGGAUGAGACCGUUAUCAAGGCGAGUCCCGAUGCAAUUGAAAAACUUCGCGAAGAAGCCGAACUACGAAAAGAGGAAGAGCAAGAAUCAUUACUCAACGAGCCUGAAUCUGCUCAGAACGGCGACACCAAGCCUACAGUCAACGAAAGAGCUGUACGUGAGGUCGAAGAAGAUGAAAAUUAUGACGAUUGA